UAACAGAAUCAGAAUCAUUUAUUCAACGUAAUUAUCAUAGAUAAACUUGUAAAAAGUCAAAUUAAUCUUUUUGAAUCUACGUCAGCAAGGUGUUAUAUGGCUGAGGAGAAGAAAUGACAAGAAACUGCAACAGCAAUACAUUUUUUAAAUCAGUGUUGGAAUACGUUAAAAUUAUUUUAUAACUAAAAAUUAUUUAAUAACUAAAGGAACAUAUUUGAUUUACUUAUAUAAAAGCUUAACGUAAUAUAAAAGCCAUGCACCUGCUUUUAUAGGUCAUAGCUUUCAGAUUUAAAAAAAUACAAACCAGUAGUUAAUAUUUACAAUUGUAUCAUGUUUAAAAUAUAAACGACAAUCCAAAAAUAAUGAGAUUGUGUAUCUUAAAGUUCAGUGUAUGUCAUAAUAUUUACAAGUAAAUGUUGUAGGUACAAUAGGAAUUUUAAAAGUAAUUUAUUUUAUUUAGAUUGAGUAAAUAAUUGUAGCUACAAAUGUUUAGACGAUCUUUAGUUCAUUGUCUAACUUUUUCUAUUCGAUUGUUCUGUUCUGUAACAAUAACCUAUUUCUAAAGGCGUCAUCUGUUUACUAUAUGGAAUAGUCCACUUGUUUGAAUUCUUCGCUUCUAAUACAUUUGUCAACAAUAAUCCACAGAGUGGCUCCCAGGUUUGUGAUGUGCGCUCGCGCCGUAGUCUAAGGUUACGAUAUCACUGUGGAAAAAUGUUACCAGUUACCUUUUGCAUACUAAAUCGAAGAAAAUUUCACAAGUACUUCUUAGUUCUGAUAUACCUGGUGAUUGGAUUGUCGUUCUGUUUAAGCGGCCCUAUUUUAACUACACAGCGUGCAAACAAAGCGGUAACAGAAAAUUACUCAGAAAUAUACAAUUCCACAUUAGCUAAUCUUGAUUACGAUACUGACUCUAACAACAGUACUGAAGAAGACAUAAAGGAUUUGAAUUUAGAAACAGUACAACAAAACCUGAACGAAGAAGAUUUGUAUGAACAUGAAAGCGGUAAUAAAACUGUAGAAGAGAGGUCUUUUAUCUUCAUCCAUGGUCCGAGGAUCAGAGUGUCGCACAUAAACCCACGACUUCAAAGCCCACAGCGGAGAAAAAACUUCACUGAAAAAAGCAACUACAAAACAUUUGUGUCGAACGUGGGCUCUGUUGAAAGUUUGGGGCGAUUUGACGAUUUACCUUUUCGGUUUGAUAAUGAUAGUCCAUCGUUACAUGAAUUUAAGGAUUUGUUCUCAGAAAUAAAAAACACACCAACAAGCAAUUACUAUCCAGCCAAGGAUCCAUAUUACAGUGGAAGCUUGGCACAUUACAUCCAAAAUGAAAUGACGGCUUUAUCUCAAGAAAUGACAAACACAAAAGGAAUAAUAGAACAGCAGAUUCAAGACCAAAAACUAAAGGAAGACUUAAUCAACUUGCAAUUUCAAUACCCAGGGUUAAUGAAAGGUGACAUAAGGAAGUUCCCGUAUCCAAAAGAUAGGCGAAUUAGUAUGAAUCUAAAAGUCGAAUCAGAUUUGCAAAGAGGUGCCGCCACAGGUGUACAUGAGAACAAUUUGAAACAGAGCCCAUUAAAUAUUGAUAGCGAGUACACCAGCCCAAAUCAACAAUUCGAAGUUACAAAAAAGUUUAAUCGUAGUAACGCAAAGAGUGCUCUCCAAGCACACAACGUACCACCGUUUCCAAGUAUAAAAACUGUUGAAGAUCAUCAUGAAUACGUGGAGCUACUGAAACCUCCGCUUGUAAGAUCUAAAGGGAAAGGAAACGAACAAAACAUGUUUAACAAGAUACCAGACCGGACUUACAUACAGAAUCCAACCAAUAUUAAUCCAAACGAUCCUAGAUCAUCAUACGGAUUUAAAAAACAGUUUAUGCAAGACGCUUUACGUGGUGAUUAUCAUAGAAAUGAAGUACACGGACCGAAUAGUAAAACUGUACCAUAUUAUGAAGAAGAUGAAGAAAUAGAUUUUCAUGAUACGCGUUUAAUAAAAAAACUCCAAGAGAUUAAAAAGUUGGAUGCCGCUUUACCAGAUGUCAGUGUAUCACUCGAAUCUGAUGGCAGAAAAGAUCCAAAUACGUAUAUAAAUAAAGUUAUACACGCGAAUAAAUUGAAUGGUAACAAAGGUAAAUGCGUUUACCCUGGUUGUGAUGCGCCAUAUUAUAAACUAAAAUCAAAUAAACAACAGAAAUGCAAGUGUAACCCGAAUAACAGUAAAAGAACAAGUCCAGUAUCUAACAGUCAGGAAACAUUAAAAAAUCCAAGGAGUACAGAAUCAGAAGAAAGUCUUCUUAAAUAAUAAAAUAAAAUAACAUGUUAUUCUGUUACACUUAUUUGUAGACCAUUAUUGUGGACUUUGAAUGUGUCAAUUCUUAUUCCUGCAGGGGAAUAAGAGUACUGUUGAGGGCUUGCAAUUUUUUCUUGGCAAAGUGCGCCGUGGAUCACGAUAGCGAGAUCUCAAAGCUAUCGCGAUUGCCAUCGCUGCGCGCGCAGCCUCUUCUGACUGCCGUUUGUUGCUCCGAGAAAUGAAAAGCAAACACUGCACCGCUAACAGAUGUCCAGAUAGCCAAUAGCACCUUCAGGGAAAUAGAUCGCCCGGAAGGGGCAGCUGCGGACUUCCUCUGCGUUACAACAACAUUUAUA